GCCCCCGACUUGCUUGCUUGCCUUGACGCAGCUGGUGAGGCUGAUUGAAGCCCACUUGGAUGUCCUAUCAUUCCUCUUGGAAGAUGUGCUCCGCUUGAUCACGAACUGCAUCCAGCACGAGCUUGAGGCAGUGGCUCGAAUUGGUGUGGAGGGCUUCAAGCAGUUGCUGCUCUCCACGGGAAAGAACCUCACCCCUCCCCUGUGGCAGAAGGUCACCAACUGCAUUUUGGAGCUCUUCAAGGAGAACAUGCCAAGGAAGCUCAUGGAAGUCGACAAGGCCUCUCUGGAGCUCCCCUUCAACGAGGAGGAUGUCGUGAUCCAGUGCGUGGUGCAGCUCCUGCUCAGCGACAUGCUGAAGGAAGCUCUGUCACAGCACUACGAGAACAUUCCGGAAAGCAGCCUCAUGACGCUCCUGGACGCCUUGCAGCAGUCUUUCGAGUUUGCUCAGGAGUUCAAUGGCCAGAUCGAGCUGCGGCAAGCGCUCAAAAGGCUUGGCUUCAUGAAGGACAUGAAGCAGCUUCCCGGGCUGUUCAAGCAAGAGCGGGAGUCUCUCAGCUGCUCACUGCGGAUACUAUUCCAGGUGCAAGCCGAUCCCCGGAAGGAAGCAGAGUUUGCCUCCCAAGCGGUGGAGCGUCGCGUCGGCGUGCUUGAGCAGUUGCAAGUGCAGCAGCACCAACUCUGA